UAUUGUCUGUUUAAUAUUUACAGAUCUAUAACGAUGAAGUGCCUCAGUGUUUUACUGUUAGCCAUUGUUGGUAUCGCCAGUGUGACAGCUUACUACGGUCAUCACGGCAUGUACAGAGGUUAUGGUUCAAUGUAUGGUAUGGGUUACGGAUCAUUAUACGGUGGCUAUAGAGGUAUCGGGUAUGGUCGUGGCAGAUACCCAUAUUCUGGAAUCGGCUACGGUUCAAUGCUUGGCGGUAUUGGCUAUGGAUCUAUGUAUGGUGGAAUCGGUUAUGGAUCUAUGUAUGGCGGUUAUGGGUCGAUGUAUGGAGGAUAUGGAUCUAUGUAUGGAGGAUAUGGACGUAGAUAUGGAGGAUACGGAUACAAACACGGAAAAUACCCUCACUACUAUCCUAGCAAGAAAUACGGAUAUGAUUAUUAAACUGAACACGUAUAUCAUUCGUGAAUCACCGUCCACUUGUUAAUCCACACUUCAUGUGAUAAAUUAACUUACCACUUACCCCACACUUGCUGGACAAGUCUUCGAGUAAAUGUUUUGUGACUGGCAGAUCAAUAGAAUAUUAAAUACUUUAAUAAUUAUCUUUCCAAUUGAAUUGAAAUGCAUUAUAUAAAUGUUUGAAUAUUAAUUAAAAUUCUCUACAAUCUAUACAAACUUAUUGGAAUAUAUUAACUGAUUUGCUUAUGUAUGUAUGACUGUUUUUAUGUAAGCGUUAAGUAUCUUUUACAAUUAAAGUUUUUAAAACACA